CGUGUGUCUCUUUCAGAGCAGCGGUGUGGCUUCUAUGCUUCACUUACACUCUCUUCACACAGGAUGUAGCUGCAGAGACAGAGCACGGACACACACACACACGGCGGGUUUACACUCUGUGAUGUGACGAACACCGGGGUGAGCCAGACAUGACCGCCGCAGCGGAGGACAAGCAGACAGGAGGAGUCCGGCUGAGGCAGCGCACCGCGGGCAGGUCUUGCUCCCGCUGACCUUAGGGGCUCCCUGCACCGCUGCAGAGCCGCACAGUUUACCAGACACUGGAAAAAAACUCAACAUAGCCGGAAUACUCCACAGACCGUCGGUGAACCUUUUGAAAGAGAUAAUGGCGAGCCAGGGCGACUGCUCCGUGAAGGUUGCGUUGAGGAUUCGUCCUCAGAUGGCCAAGGAGAAGAUCGAGGGCUGCCAUGUGUGCACGCUGGUCACACCUGGAGAACCGCAAGUCCUGCUGGGAAAGGACAAAGCAUUCACGUACGACUUUGUGUUUGACAUCAACUCCGAGCAGCAGCACAUCUACCAGGCCUGCGUGUACAAGCUCAUCGAGGGCUGCCUGGAGGGCUACAACGCCACCGUGUUCGCAUAUGGGCAGACGGGUUCGGGAAAGACCUACACCAUGGGGACGGGCUUUGAUGUAGGCCUGAGCCAGCAGGAGCAGGGCAUCAUCCCGCGGGCCGUUCAUCAUCUGUUCGAGGGGAUCCAGAGCCGGAGGGAGCGCGCCCAGCAGGCCGGCAGCCAGCCGCCCGAGUUUAAAGUCAGCGCCCAGUUCCUGGAGUUGUACAACGAGGAGAUUCUGGACCUGUUUGAUGGAACCAGAGAUCCAGAGAGCAGGAGCAGAAAGUCCAACAUAAAGAUCCAUGAGGAUGCCAGCGGCAGCAUCUAUACCACGGGUGUCACCUCCAGACUGGUGCACUCAGAGGAGGAGAUGCUGCAGUGUCUGAAGCUCGGCGCCCUGUCCCGCACCACUGCCAGCACCCAGAUGAACGCCCAAAGCUCCCGCUCACACGCCAUCUUCACCAUCCACCUCUGUCAGAUGAGAGUGUGCCAGCAGCCUCAAAUGAACGGAGGAGGGGAGAACAGGGAGAAUGGGGAGUUGAACAGCGUGGACUCAGGACCCAUCACCCAGCCCGAGUUCGAGAGCCUGAUGGCAAAGUUCCACUUUGUGGACCUGGCCGGAUCUGAGCGGCUGAAACGAACUGGAGCCACUGGAGAGAGAGCCCGCGAGGGAAUAUCCAUUAACUGUGGACUGCUGGCCCUGGGAAAUGUGAUCAGUGCUUUAGGAGACCAGACUAAGAAGGGGGGGCACGUUCCUUACAGAGACUCUAAACUCACUCGUCUAUUACAGGACUCCCUGGGAGGCAACAGUCGCACAGUGAUGAUCGCCUGCGUCAGUCCAUCAGACCGGGACUUCAUGGAGACCCUGAACACACUGAAGUAUGCCAACCGAGCGCGGAACAUCAAGAACAAGGUGGUGGUGAACCAGGACAAGACCAGCCAGCAGAUCAGCGCCAUGCGUGCUGAGAUAGCCAGGCUUCAGAUGGAGUUGAUGGAGUACAAGGCGGGGAAGCGUGUUGCUUGUGAGGAGGGUUCAGAGGGCUACAGUGACAUGUACCAGGAGAACGCCAUGCUGCAGAGAGAGAAUGACACACUGCGUCUCAGAGUUAAGGCCAUGCAGGAGACCAUCGACCACCUCAACACCAGAGUAACACAUCUGCUGGCCAAUGAGGUCAGCACUCUGCUGACCAAAUCAAGUGAAGGCAAUGAGGAGAUCGGGGCUUUAAUCCAAAACUACAUCAGAGAGGUUGAAGAGCUGAGAUCAAAGCUUCUGGAAAGCGAGGCCAUGAACGAGUCACUGCGAAGGCACACGGCCCGACUUUCCUCACGUUCACCGUUCCCUUCCUCCACCCUCAGCCCCGCCCCUGGCCACCCGCUUGGCUCCUCCCCUGCUCCCAUGUCCAUGGAAGCUGAGAUGACGGAUGUGUUACGCCGAGCCAAGCUUGACAUUGAACGUCUGAAGAAGAAGGAGAGGAGGCAGAGGAGGCUGAGUCCAGAGUUGGAGAAAGGUCUGAAGAAGCGAGUCAAACUGCACACUCAUGAGAACGGGGAGAACGGGCAGAGUCGUGAAAACGGACAAAAUGGAGGGAAUGGAGAGAUCGAUUCUGAUGACAACUACACUGAGGACAUCAUGUCUCCCCUGCAGGAGGAAAGUGGUUGUGAAGAAGAUGAAGGGGAGGAUGAGGAGGAGGGCAGGGAGGAGGAGGAGGAUGGGUUUGACAGCGACGAGAGCCAGGUGGAUUCAGACUCGGACUCUGAUGAGAAAGCUAACUUCCAGGCGGACCUGGCUGAUCUGACCUGUGAGAUCGAGAUCAAGCAGAAGCUGAUAGACGAGCUGGAGAACAGCCAGCGGAGGCUGCUGAUGCUGAAGCUGCAGUAUGAGGAGAAGCUCAUUCUACUGCAGAACAAGAUCCGAGACACUCAGCUGGAGAGAGACCGUGUGCUGCAGAACCUCAUGUCUAUGGAGAACUACACAGAGGAAAAGGCCAACCGGGUCAAGCAGGACUACGAGAAACGUCUUAAGGAGAUGAACCGAGACCUCAUGAAGCUACAAGUGGCGCAGAAAGAGCAUGCACGUCUCCUCAAAAACCAGGGGAGGUACGAACGGGAGCUGAAGAAACUCCAGGGAGAGGUCAACGACAUGAAGAAAGCCAAGGUUGCAUUGAUGAAGCAGAUGAAGGAGGAGCAGCAGAGGAGGAGGAUGGUGGAGGCAAAGAGGAGCCGAGAGAUUGCCCAGCUCAAGAAGGAGCAGAGACGACAGGAGUACCAGAUCAGAGCCCUGGAGUCUCAGAAGCGGCAGCAGGAGCUGGUGCUGCGCAGAAAGACGCAGGAGGUGACCGCCCUGCGGCGUCUGGCAAAGCCCAUGUCAGAUCGCGUGGCAGGGCGCGUGGCCCGCUGGAACCACACCACCUCAAUUACAGACUCUGGAGCAGAGUUAUCAGCCAGCACAACAGCCAGCAGCUCUGAACCUGAGACUGGGAGGUCUGUGAGUGGACUGGUAAAGCAGUGGAACAACAAGAACAAUGGAUUCGGAUAUCUCGGAGAGAGUGAAGGGAGCAUGGAUGGAAAUCGGGUCAUUGGCAGCAGGAAGAAGCUGCAGCGUAAACCAGCAGGCCUUGGAAGCAUCGCUGCGGCAGGCCGAGUCAGCAGUUUCUCCAAAUCAGCUCGUCAAAAGUGGCAGACCCUUGAGCGUCGCAUUAUGGACAUAGUCAUGCAAAGAAUGACGAUCCAAAAUAUGGAGUCAGACAUGGAUCGCCUUAUCAAGAAACGAGAGGAGCUGACGGCCCAGCAGGAAGCACUCUCACAUAAGCGGGAGGUACUGAGUGCAGAAGGGGAGGGGCCAGAAGAAGGGGACCGCAUCAUUCUGGAAAUAAAUGAGGAGAUUGAGGUGCUGAACGCCAACAUAGACUACAUUAAUGACAGCCUGUCUGACUGCCAGGCCACCAUAGUACAGAUAGAAGAGACCAAGGAUGAGCUGGACUCUGUGGACACAUCGGUAGUGAUCAGCUCCUGCUCUCUGGCUGAGGCUCGCAACCUGCUCGGCCACUUCCUGAAGGCUUCUAUUGACAAAAGCUUACAGGUCGCUCAGAGGGAGGCUCAGAUCAGACUACUGGAGGGUCAGCUGAGACAGACUGAUGUGAUUGGCUCCUCCCAUAAUCACAUAAUCCUCGACGCUCUGCGAGAAAAGGCAGAAUACAUCCCUGAACUCCAGGCUCUCAUCCACAACGUACAGCAGGAAAAUGGCUAUGCCAGCACAGAUGAGGAGCCUUCUGAGUUCAGCCAAGCCUCUGACAGCAGUGUAUCUCAUAUGAAAGAGUCUAACAGCCAGGAUGAUUUCAAGACAAAGAUGGAGCCCCGUCUGUCCGCUCAGAUGAAGGCGGUAUCAGCGGAGUAUCUUGGUCCAGUCCUGGACCCCUCAUCGGGCAGCAAGCAGCAACACAUUACCAAAUCUCUGGCCUCUCUGACUGACAUCCAGGAGGAUGGUCUGAGCCUGGGGAGAGUGAGUCUGGGGCUUAGCUUGGCCCUGAGAGACCCCUUCCACAGAGACCGAGCAUCCCGCACCAUCAGCCUACCUAUCAGGGGACACACCUUUCCCAGGCAGUCUCGUGGUUAUGACACUUCCCCAAUAACACGAAGGAAAUCUUACGACCGUUCAUACAGGCCCAUUGAUGGCUACACUCCCCCCUCCUCCCCUCCUCUAAGGACCAGGAAUGACCGCAAUGUGUUCUCAAGGCUCACCAGCAACCAAACCCAAGGUUCUGCUCUAGACAAGGGUGUGAUUAAUCCUAUCGGGGGUGUGAAGGGGGGUCGGACAGCCCCCCUGCAGAGUGUGUCUGUGGCCGAGGGCCACUCCAAGCCUGUACUAUGUGUGGAUGCUACAGAUGAGCUGCUCUUCACUGGAUCUAAAGAUCGUACCUGUAAGAUGUGGAACCUGGUAACAGGUCAGGAGAUUGUCACUUUAAAAGGCCACCCAAACAACGUGGUGUCAGUGAAAUAUUGUCCUGCCUCCUGCCUGGUCUUCUCUGUCUCCACCUCCUACAUAAAGGUGUGGGACAUCCGGGACUCCGCUAAGUGUAUCCGCACGCUGACUUCAUCUGGGCAGGUUGUCUCUGGGGACGCGUGUGCAGGCACCACCACUCGCACAAUAACCUUUGCACAGGGGGAGUGUCAGAUCAACCAGAUUGCCCUCAACCCAUCAGGAUCUGUGCUUUAUGCUGCUGCUGGAAACACUGUACGCAUGUGGGACCUGAACAGGAUGCAAGCGAUGGGGAAGCUGACAGGCCACAUUGGCUCUGUGAUGUGUCUGACAGUGGGACAGUCUCUGCUGGGCAAAGACCAAGUCAUCACAGGCUCUAAAGACCAUUACGUCAAGGUAUUUGACGUGGCAGAGGGAACCCUGGGUAAUGUAGGCCCAGCUCAUAACUUUGAGCCACCACACUAUGACGGCAUCGAGUGUUUGGCUGUCAAGGGGGAUGUGCUGUUCAGCGGAUCCAGAGACAACGGAAUCAAAAAAUGGGAUUUGGAGCAACAGGAGCUCACUCAGCAAAUCCCCAAUGCCCAUAAGGACUGGGUUUGCGCUCUGGCAUAUGUCCCAGGUCGGCCCAUGCUGCUGAGCGCCUGUCGGGGCGGCAUGCUGAAAGUGUGGAACGUAGACAACUUCACCCCCAUAGGAGAGGUCAGAGGUCAUGACAGCCCAAUUAACGCCAUAUGUACCAAUUCAAGACAGAUCUUCACUGCAUCCAGUGACUGCAGGGUGAAGUUGUGGACCUAUGUCCCGGGUUUAACCCCAUGUCUUCCUCGACGGGUCCUGGCCAUCAAGGGCAGAGCCACCAGCCUCCCAUGAUUGCCUCUCCUCCGCUCACCAACCCUCCCUUCCUCUGCGACAAGACAGUGAAGAUCUGGUCAUCAAAGGUUUGGAGGAAGAGGUGACAAACAAAAGACCGUGGUUCCUUUUCUGUCAGCCAUCUUGCCUGAGCGACUCACCUCCAGCAACAAGGUGCACACUUUCCAAGGCAAUCAAGGUGUUUUUUUUUGUCUGCUUCUUUGUGAAGGUGCAAAAUGACAAAGUGGAGUCGGCAUAUGUAUUCAAAGGCAAAAAUACAAUUUGCCUUUCUGAUUUUUUUACUGCCAAUUUGAAAGUGCCAUUCAGGUGUGAUGCUACCGGGACAAGACAACCCUAAUUUUUUUUGUCUUUUGUGGAUUCGCGAGGCAGAACAAUUUCUCUCUUGAUGUGAGAACUACCACAGCCUGUUAUAAAGAGGAAAUUAAAAGUGUCCUUCUGUUCAAUGAGGAACAUUUGGAGAGAAUUUUGCUGAAAGAUGUGUAUUCAUGUAUCGGUUGUGUCCUAGAGUCAGGACACGAAGAGAAUAUAAAUCCCAGAGGGGACGUUUACUAAGAACUGGGAUCUCUGUUCCUCCAGUCAGGACUGUUAAAGUUCAUGAGAGUUGAGACUGUUUGGAUACUGAACAUGCUGUGAGGUCAUUAUGGUGACUGAUCAAAAAAAAAAACACAAAACAUCGUCACUGGAUGUUCAGUCAUUGUCUCUGGAAUCUCCUUCCAAUCACUUUUUUGUUUAAAGUUACUCUCAGUUCAUCACUGAAACUAACUGCAUUCUGCGAGUCGUGUUUUUAAUGACUUUAACUUAUUUAUUAUUUUCCCUACCUCAGUUGUUUUGAACUUGUGCGUGAGGUGGGUGGGAUUUUUUUUUUUUACGGGUCUCUGUGUUCAAACACCAGGCACUUGACAAAUUUUAAGUCUUUAUUUGAUGCCUGGCUCUUCAUCUCUGUGUGGAUGUGUCCUCGGUGGGCCCUCCAGCUAUCAGCCUUGUCUAUUUGCUGACCUUGCAAACAGGAAAGCACACAUCCAGUAGCACCGCUAAGGUAGCACCGCCCCCGGAGGAUUCUCACAGGAUUGUAUUAUUUGUUGUUUAAAGUGCCAAGCACAGCGGAAAAAAAAAAAAAAAACCUGCAGAUACACAUGAUACACACCUACAGUCCACUCCUGACAAAUUAGUGAGUCCAUUGAGGCCAAAGUGCCAGAUAUUAAAUCAACCAUCCACAGCUGUGUGUGCUCCAUACCUGCCAUUCAUCCUCCACACAGAUGCUAAAAAAAAGCCCUUCCAGCACCUCAAACCCUUUUUCUGCCUGGUUUCUGCUCCCCUCUGAUCUUUAAGGUUAGCAACUGUAUCAGUCUGACCAGCCUUACUUAAGAGUCCACCUCCUUUCCCAGCUUCUGACUUUCUUUAGGAAUCAUUUUUAAUUAGAGGUCUUGCAGCUCUAUACCGGCUGCUUUCAGGGGAGAUUACUCUGGGUAAAAGUAGGUCAUAACUGAGGGGGGAUUUCUUAUUAAAAAUCCCAGUUUACUUCCACCCACUUUCGCUGCUUACAUUUCAAGGCAGGAGGAAACUUCUUGUCCCCAUGUUCUGGUUUACAAAUCUGUUUAUCUGGCAAAUUUUGUGUGUGUGGGCAAACACACACACAUGAACCCACUGUGGACACGCACACAAAACCAAUAUUUUAGCGGAUGUUUCGGUUAUCCAUCUCGCCUGAUAGGUCUUGGCAUCCCUCACUGUGUUGAUUUAGUGUCUCUUUAAUGAAGCACUGCAGCACACCACUGACACACCACUGACACACACACACACACACACACACACACACACGCCUACAGGCAGCAGUAAUAACCCAAGUCUUAAAAGUCUCUUCAAUGAUCCUUUUGUUGUCUGCUACUUCUUCACACAGAUAUGAGCUGGAUUGCACAUCACUUUUAGUUUUAACUUAGUCUUUUUACAUCAGUCUAAAAUUAUUUAAAAGCUUUUUUUCAUUCGAAUGUCUUACUGCCUGAUAAAACACAAUUCAUGUCUGUUAGUGUCAGAACAUCAGUAGUAGAGUAUUGUUCAGCUCUGAAAGUCUUUCCAUUGAAAAAAACAAUCCUCUUCUGAUGUAGUGCUCUCUUUCUUGUAAAAGACCCAGAAACAUUAUGUAGGAUAAACAAAACAAAGCUUGGACCACAAAAAUAGCAUUUAAAGGUGCUGAGGCUAGUGAAUGCCUUCUCGCAAAUAUGUGCUGCUGAUGGCUGAUGCCGCCAUCAUAAGGCUGAAGCUGCUGAAACUCUCCAAAAGCAAUUAUAUGGGUUUUGGUUUUAUGUUUAUGGGGUAUGGGGGGGGGGGGUGGUUUGUUGAAGCAAUCUUGGUUUUAAUAUAAUUCUACACUUAGAAACUCAGGUAAUGGUUUAAGAUAUCGUAAGUUAUACUCUAGAAUUGAGUCGACCCGUGGAUUUUAGUAGCUCUUUGAAUCAACCAAAUGCCUUGAUUGAGAGAUUGUUUAUUUUGAAAAAAAAAAAGAAUGGUACAAUCAGCGUGCCGACCAUUUCCAUGUUUUGUUUUCCAUUUGAAUCCCUUUAUUUAUCUUUGUGCUGUGAUUUUUUUUUUUUUUUUUAACAAAACGAAGAGCAUCUUUCCAAUAGGGUCAAACUGAAAGUGUUGCAACUUUGAGGAGAUGUGCACUGAAUUUUGAACAAUGUUUCUUGUUCAAAAUAUGUGUAAAAUAUUGUAUAAUAGUUUCAUUAAAAAAAACUGGAAUGAGCGGUACAACAUUUGUUCAGUGGAAAUAUUAAGCUUCCAAAUUGGGGUCUUUACUGUGACCUUAAGUCAGACUACAUAACCUUCACUGUUCACAGUAUAUAUCCGUGCUAAUUAGCCAAACUGACCUUGCUCAGAAGCUCUGAGGUUUGAUGUUAAAGCAAUCCUAAAGCAGCCGAUCUCUGUUUUUACUUUCCACCGUAUUCACACAAAUGUAUCUCCGACAUCAUGCUCAGGGUGUGAAGCUGAAAUACUGCAAAACUAUUGCUAUGUUCCAGUCUUAAAUUUCUGUAAUCAACUGAAAGUAGUUAUCAUUUCAUUGACUCUUGAUUGACAACAGAAAUGAAAAUGGAUAGUUUAAGUUUUGAUAACUUAUUGGCGAAAAAAAGUUAAGUCUCAACAGCUAAUGCUAGCAUUCAACCACUUCCUAGCUAACAUACCGGUAACUGUUUGACAGUGUUACACUAUGCAAAUAAAAAUGCCAUGAAUUACUAGCAAAUCAGAAACGCUAGCUGAAGUUAAUGUUAUAAGAAUUGGGUGAGUGGUUAGCUGUUGACUUUGCCAUCCUCAUGACUUUACUGAUAAGUUGUUUUGAUUACUUUUACAGUUACAACAGCUAACGUUAGCAUUCAACCAUCACAACGGUUAAUUAGCUAAUAUACCAUUAUCCUGGCAGUUUUAGCUUUUCUACCUCUAGUAUUACAUUAAAAUGUGUUUUGCUCAGUCGUUAAAUAAACAUGUUAGCACUCAAAGGUUGAAGUUAUUAAAUAAGUUGCUUUAACUCAAAAUGUUGUUCUAAAUUGUGUCUAACUAUUGUCUUUCAGUAGUUCAACAAUCAUAGAGUUGUGAAAUGAUAAUUUGUCCAAUUCCCCAAAUGUAAGGAUUGGUAAAACAUAACCAUUUGUUUCUCUUCUCAACCUGAGUCUGACAGAAAGGGGACAUGGGCACAAUGUGAAUGCUGAUUUUGUGAAAGAUGAUCUUGUCAUACUGUAGCUUUAGAUUCUCUCCUAGGUGCUUGUACAUUUGCUGACGGAUGCAUGGUGUAAGUGGUGCUUACGACUGACUAAUUAGACAUUUUAAAACACUGAAAUCCUCUUCUGCUGGUACUAUCACCUGAGUGUGUGUGUGUGCUAUCAAAAUCUGAAAAGUAGUUGACUAUUUUUUUGGAUUAUGAAGCUUUACCAUGUCAUGUGCUUCACAAAAGGCGCUUGCAGAAAAGUUUUUUUAUUUCAGCCAAGCAGACGCAGAAAAUGUUUAAUCUGGAUUUAGAUCAGCCACACUCAAACUUUAUUAAAAGUAGUCGGCUUCUAAUAUUCUAAUGUGAGCACCACUUCAUUUAUUGACAAUGUGUAAAUAUGUGUCAGAGUUUUUUGAAUAUUACAGAGUUAGGUGAGGUUAACUGACCAUCCUCAUCAGAUAACCUUGGAGUAAUCUCUGCAAGUUAGGAUUAACAUGCACUUUGGAUUAUGAACACAGCUGUGAAUACUACGAUAACUGUCUUACAGUAAUAAAUAUUAAGCCUAGUUUUAGACUUAGUUUACAAAAACAGAGUUCAUGAGACUCUAAUGGGGCUUGAAGAACUAAAAUCGUACUGAGAAGAACCACCUCUGCUUAGCUCCUCAUUAGGUUUUAGAAAUUGAUGUUUGUGCUAAUAUGGUAUGUUAUAUACUGACAACUCUUUGAAAGUCAGUGCCCAGUCUGUCCCUGCCUUUAAAGUCCCCCCCCCCCCCCCCCUUUUUUUUCUUUUUUUUAAAUAGCAAAUUGUUUCGGAAAAUGUGAAUUUUCUCCAUCCUUAUUUCCCUGGCUGUCUGCUGGUAUUUCGUAAUAUCACUGACCACAAACACUUGAUAUUAUUCUAUGAAAGAAGACGAGAGACACAACAUGAGGUGGAUCUCACUUUAAUCUCUCUGACCUGCUCUCUAAUGUUCAUUCAGAGAGGGAUAGUGUCUCAUUUAAUGCACCGUUGAGCAUGUAGUGAGUAUUGUUUUAGCCAUACUCUCUUAUUCCUAAUUGGUAGUUCUGUAGCCAAACAUAGAAAACAAGUCUAUUGUAGCUACCUUUUAAUCUUAAUACAAUCUUUAUUAAGAUUACAAAGCUGUUUGACCAAAGCUACAUAUCACUUGGACUAAAAACAUAGGUUAAAUUGUAUGUUGUAAAUGUGGAUUCUGAUGAUCUCAGUUGUAUUAAAAAACAAAACAAAUCCUGGAGAACUCACAGUGGGACUUUUGGGGCUACCGUUCUUGCAAAUAAAUUAUUCAGAAUUACAUGAUAACAGUGCCAAAUUAACCACUCAAACUUUAAAACGAUGUUUCAAUUUGCUCUUAUUUCAGGAGAAAUAUUGAGCUAAGGCAGCUGUGCCUCGUUAUAUUUUGCCUGUAAACCGUUCCGUCUGGUAUUAUGUGAUUACAAAAGGCGAUCAGAGAGUCAAGCCACCAGUCCAAUUGAUUAUGUGAUAAAACACCUUGAGCAUUUCCAGCCCAGGCAAAACAUCUUAUGACUACCAGGAAAGGAAACCUUGGUAAUCAGCAUCUCAGCUUCAGCCUUGUGCCUCUUCUAACAGGCCUAACUGCCUUACAAGAACAGAAUGUGUCUGCAGGACUUUAAUAAUAAUCCACUUAAUAUCCUGAAUCUGUAACAGAUUUCUUCUGAGGAUUGUAGAUCGUUCUCACAGAUGUGAGUCAGCUGACUUCUCGGCUCACUUUAUCAGUACGGCUGAAAAGACUUUGCCUCAGGAUGCUGAGUGUCGAGAUCGCUUUUAGACACAAUCAAGAGGGCUGCUGAUCAAGAGGGCACUUCACUGCGAGUCGCUGUCGCACACAAACACACAAACGACAUGCUUCUCCUCUGGCUUUCUCAAGUUAUGUUUCUCCAGGUGUGUGUGUUGUCACACGGGGGUCACACAUUGGUGAUACAGUUUGUUAUGGUGUCUGUGAAAUAUGUACUCAUGGGACUUAAAUGCAGGGUCAAAGGUCAUUUGUGCCUUUUAUUGCACAGACUACUCCCUCUUAUGAGUGUAAAUGUGUGUACAGUUUUUUUUAUAUGACUAUGUGCAUGUGAACAAGCCAUGUAAAAUAUAUGACUGUAAAUAAUGUAAGUAAGUAUUUAAUGAAGGACCCAACGUUCCCUCAAGACAAUAAAUGAGUUAAAAACA